UCAUUGUCUGAGCAGAGGCACCGGGAGUGGAUCCGCCGCUCGGCUCUGCGUAAUCCCGUGUCUUCCCCCGGCUCACUCACUCAGUCGUCCGCCAUGGCGACCGCAGAAAGCCUCCUCUCCGGUCCGACCUGCAUCUAGAACUCAACCGGGGCGUCUUUUUCCACUCUGUACCGCUGGACGUGGAUGUAAAAGAUCUCCUUUCAGCUGGGAUAUACAUAACGCGUGGACAAGCCUGCAUUUCCAGAGAACGGGCCAGGCAGUGAGCACUGCAGCACACAAUGGCAGAGCAAGACCCCGUGCCAACCGCCCAAGGAGCAGGGCAGCGUCUUGGAGCCCCAGAGACUCUUGGCAUCAGUACACUGGACCCUGGACACAGACCCCCGGCCAUGCCCCCCGGUAGACAUGUCACCAUAAGGGUCCGCAUGUUAGACGACACAGAGGAGCUCUUUGACAUCUCGCAAAAAGCCUCAGGCAAGGUGCUGUUUGACCUGGUGUGCUCUCACAUGAACCUCAUCGAGGGCGACUACUUCGGUCUGGAGUUUCAGAACCAGCAAAAGAUGAUUGUUUGGUUAGACCAUAUCAAGCCCAUUAUCAAGCAGCUGCGACGGCCGAAGCACACAAUCCUGAGGUUCGCUGUGAAGUUCUUCCCUCCGGAUCACGCUCAGCUCCUGGAGGAGUUAACAAGGUACCUGUUCGCCCUGCAGAUCAAACAGGAUGUUUCCUGUGGACGUCUGACCUGCAACGACAGCAGUGCCGCACUGAUGGUCUCCCAUAUUAUCCAGUCGGAGAUCGGGGACUUUGAGGAGAGCCUCUGCCGGUCACACCUCCUUAACAACAACUACAUCCCCGAUCAAAUGCCCCUGAUCGACAAGAUCAUGGAGUUCCACUCGAAGAAUAUAGGUCAAACGCCAGCUGAAUCCGACUAUCAGCUGUUAGAAGUGGCGCGCAGGUUGGAGAUGUACGGGAUUCGUCUUCACCCUGCCAAGGAUCGUGAAGGCACGAGGCUGAGCUUAGCCGUGGGUCACACUGGUGUCCUGGUCUUUCAGGGACACACACGGAUUAACGCCUUCAACUGGUCUAAAGUGCGUAAACUGAGCUUCAAAAGGAAGCGUUUCCUGAUCAAGCUGAGGCCAGAUCUAAAUAGUUCAUAUCAGGACACUCUGGAGUUCCUGAUGGGCAGCAGAGACUGCUGUAAAAUCUUCUGGAAGAUCUGUGUGGAAUACCACGCUUUCUUCCGCCUCUUUGAGGAGCCUAAGGCCAAGCCCAAGCCUGUGCUCUUCACCCGAGGCUCCUCCUUCAGAUUCAGCGGGCGCACACAGAAGCAGGUGAUUGAUUAUGUGAGGGAGUCUGAGUUUAAAAAGAUCCCCUUUGAAAGGAAACACAGUCGGGUUCAACACAACAGUCGGGUCCAACAAAACAGCCGCCUGUCGCCUUUGCCUUCUCCUCGCCACCAUGAAGUGCCAACAGACCAUGGGGCUCCCAGGGUAGACUCUCCUCAUAGGCGUCAUUGGACAGAGUCAGCAUUAGUGACUGCAGAAGACCCCUCAGCUUCACGGACUACAAGGUUAAGCCCGGCUCACCAGAGGAACGGCCACAACGAAAGAGACAGAACGGGGUCUGCGUCCCGGACGGAGGAGAGAACAGGCUCGACGCGACAGACUCAGCCGGAUCAUCUGAGUACAGGAGUGGUUGCUAACAGUCCUCGUCUCUCUGCGUCCUCUGGUAACUCUCACGGGAUGAUGAACGGUCAGAAGUCACUGGAGCUGUGCAGCCACAGUCCUGACGGCAGGCUGCCUUCCCCCCUCACCAGCCCGCUCCUCAACGACGCAGGCAGCGUUCGCACGGACGAUGAAGAUGAGGUUCGGAGAAAGAGGUUCCCAACAGAUCGAGCCUACUUCAUCGCCAAGGAGCUGCUGACCACAGAGAGGACGUAUGUGAAGGACCUGGAGGUGGUGACUGUGUCUUUCCAGAGCGCUGUGGGACAGGAUGAAGCCACUCCAGACUCCCUGAAGAACACCGUCCUCUCCACCUUCGAGCCGCUGCACAAGUUCCACACAGGUUUUCUCAGGGAGGUGGAGCAGAGGCUCGCACUGUGGGAAGGGCGCUCCAACGCUCACAUAAAAGGAGACUACCAGCGCAUUGGAGAUGUGAUGCUGAAGAACCUACAAGGCUUAAAGCCCCUGUCUGCAAACCUUCACAGACAGUCUGAAGUUCUGCUGGAGCUGGAGAAGGCGUGCAGGGCGUCCCGCAGGUUGGAGGGUCUCUGCAGGGACUUUGAGCUGCAGAAGGUCUGCUACGUCCCCCUCAAUGUCUUCAUUCUGCGGCCUCUGCACCGCCUCAUCCACUACAAGCAGAUCCUGGAGCGUCUGUGCAAACACUACCCUGCCACUCACGUGGACUUCAGGGACUGCAGAGCUGCUCUGGCAGACGUGUCUGAGGUGGUGGAGCUUCUCCAGGGAAGCCUGAUCAAGAUGGAGAACUUCCAGAAGCUUCUGGAGCUAAAGAAGGAUUUGAUUGGCGUUGACAAUCUAGUUGUCCCUGGUCGGGAGUUCAUCAGGUUAGGUUGUCUCAGCAAACUGUCUGGAAAAGGCCUACAGCAAAGAAUGUUUUUCCUGUUCAACGACGUUAUUUUGUACACGAGUCGAGGGAUGACGGGGACCAAUCAGUUCAAAGUGCACGGCCAGCUGCCUCUGAAUGGCAUGACAAUCAGAGAGAGUGAGGAUGAGUGGGGGGUGCCGCACGCCUUCACUCUGGUUGCAGAGCGGCAGUCGGUGGUGGUGGCAGCAAGUUCACUUAAGGAGAUGGAGAAGUGGAUGGAGGACAUACAGGGGGCGAUAGAGAUGGCAAAAACCAGCAAUGGGCCUUCAUCUGAUAUUCUCUCCAGCAACCUUACAGACAGCAACAAAUGCCCUGAGGACUCCUUGGUGGAGGCGGAGUCUGAGGACGACAUAACAGCACCGCACGCCUCGCUGGACAAGCCCACCCCUCACCGUGGUAACACCAUGGUGCACGUGUGCUGGCACAGGAACACCAGUGUGUCCAUGGUGGACUUUAGCGUAGCUGUGGAGAAUCAGCUGUCAGGAAACUUACUGAGGAAGUUCAAGAACAGCAACGGCUGGCAGAAGCUGUGGGUGGUCUUCACCAACUUCAGCCUGUUCUUCUACAAAUCCCAUCAGGAUGACUAUCCUCUGGCCAGCCUCCCUCUGCUGGGUUACUCCGUCACCAUCCCGACAGAUUCUGAAAACAUUCACAAAGACUACGUUUUCAAACUGCAUUUCAAGUCCCACGUCUACUACUUCAGAUCAGAGAGUGAAUACACAUUUGAGAGGUGGAUGGAGGUCAUCCGCAGUGCCACGCUCAAAUCCAGUGGUGCCCGCCUCCUAAACAGCAAAGAGUCCCACGCUCAUUGAUUCCUUCCUACAUGCCAUCUCCCUAGGGUGGCUCUGACCUGCCCCUGUUGUCCUCCGGGACUCUUUGCUUUUUUCUUUUCUACACAUAUCUGGGACAUUUGUACACGUGUCCAUGCACAUUUGGUGCUUUUUAAUGCUUUAAUGGUGACAUGUCCGCUGGUUUAGACUGCAUCAGAGACUGCAUUUUUUGGCAUUUCUACUCUCAACUCUGAAACCUCUUUUUAAAGGAUGUCAUUUUAUACUGUUUUUUAAUGGUCUGAACCACUUCCUAUCUUUCUGAUUUGACAUGUUGUUAUUGGUUGUUUCUACAGCAGGAUCAUGUUCAUGUAGAUAUCCAGAUUUCUCUCUUAGAAGCUUAAACUAUCACUGCAUUGUCAUCACGUUUUGUCAACCUUUUUUCCUUUUCAUGACAAACUGCUGCUUUGACAAUGUCCCACAACUUCAGUGCCAAACUGUUUAUAUCAAUGUCCUGGACUUUUUAAUGCUAUUUUGUGAAUUUGAGGAGCGUCUCCUGUACUGUAAACUAUGACAUUUUAAACCACAUUAAACAGACCACCCUUUAACAUUAGUGUUCCUGGCCCAGCACAAUGGGUUCUUGUUUUUAAACACACACUAAAAAAAGAGGCGUUCAAAACUAUGAAAUUAUUUUAUUGUAUUAUUGACAUAACCGAGGAUUGAUCACAAUGUGGCCAGGGGUAGCUGCCAUCACAGUUUAAGACCAUUUCAAGUCAAUACUCUGUUGUAAGAAUAUGUUUAAGACCCUUUUUUAAUGACCUAAAGUUCCUCUACAGCUGUGAGAGAAAACCAGAGACAUGUUCAUAAUCACUGUGUUAUGAAGCUGAGUGGAUUGGAAAGCUUUAAAAAGAAUACGUGUGAAGAAACAAAAGAGAAACUUUCAGUUCCAAGGUGCCGCUGCCCUCACUCUGCCCGGCUGCCUCCUGUACACAGACACCAGAUUCUUACCAAGUGAAUGGAAUAUGCAUUUUGAUGGCGUUUAGCAGUAAAUCAAGUGAAGUGGAAAACCUCAGUUCUACUCAGAGUUGCAGCGUGUUUUCCGCAUAACAGAGAGCUCUUUGGAAAUGAAAGCAAUAAAAAUCAUAUUCAAACUCAGA